CACAGAGACUAAGAUCAGGGCAAACAGCAUCUGUACCACUACCUGUGUGCAUCAGUGUGAUUCCAUGGGAAUUCUGACUCAUUUAAACAUGAAGAGGGACAUGAUCCUAUCAGUUUAUUUUGUAUUUUAACUUUGGAAAAUAUUUUUCACAGGAUCUGAAGCUUGUUGGUUCAAAAACAUAUAAACAAGGGAAAUUUACAAUAGAAAUUUGUAACAAUGUAUUUUCAGACACUGCAGUACUGUGACAGUUCUGUAAUGUAGAAAAUAAUGAAAAUCUCCGGAUUCAGUUGUCACCUUUAGAUGUGUUGUUGACCUUCAAGCUGCAGACAAACAUUUACUUGAUCAAGUAGAUGUAAAUAGUAGCCAAAAGGCUAUCAUGAUGUAUGAUGGAAAAGUUUUGAGGUGGUAUGUUCAGGCAACUGUGGAUAUCUGUAUGAUUUAGAAAACUUAAAAACAUACUUAAUACUUGAGUAUAUACAUCUUGCAGAUAUGACAUAGUGUAUGUCAUAUUCUGUGAGGGUUUUAAUACUUGUGUUGCUGUUUGAAAUUUUUGGCUAUUUGAUAAAGGAAAUCCACAUGCAAUGACUGAAUAUAUCGCAUUCAGUUUUUAGACAAUUAGCCUAUGUUGCAGUGGAAUGAGGAGUUGGACACAGACUUCUGUGAGAGUUUGUACAAGGACAAAGUCUGCUUAGAAAAGAAAACGCUUGUUAUUACAUGUACAUCGACAGCUGAUCUGAAAAGAAAAGUAAAAGGAUCUGUAGAUUAUUAUUUUGUCAUAUUUUACAAGACAUUGACUGCACCCGUAACACAAUAGUCUUGUGACAGUGAAAGGUUUUUCAUUUAUUUUCAUUUAUUUGUUAGAAUUUUGGCCUCUUUCUGUGGAUUCUUUCGCUGGCUCUUUUGUUGUGUUUUGUGUAGGCAUGCUGGAUGGAUGUAGUGUGACUGAGUUGCCCUUAUUUCUACCUUGACUUUGUCCUUGUACACUCGUCACAGAGAUAUUUAUUUCACUUACACUGAUAGGAACAUGUAUUCCUCUUCAUGGUAGUUACAAAAGCCUGAAGGACAACUGAUAAUUUCAUCAAUGUAAUUUUUCUUGGAAAAAGAUUCAUUCUUAUACCACUUGAGUGAUUAUGCUUGAAUUGACUUUCCACAUACAGUACAUUCUGCUUUAUGUCAUUUGAGAUUGGAGAAAAAUUAAGCGAAUAAGAUAUGAAAACAUAUCUUUUUCUCUUGAAAUUUUUCUGCUUAUCAAAACCUCAUAUUAACUUUAUAACAAUAUCCUGAGUGUUGCUGUGAAGAAUUUAAUAUAGGCCCAAUUCCCAUUGUGUUUUCAGUCUAGAGAUUUUGUGGAAAAAUCCCUUCUGUUCAGUUAUGUAACAUUUGGGCUAGCUACAAAUUAAAGUCAUUGACAAAAUUCUACUCUGUCGUUAGCAAUAGGUUCCAACUUUAUGUAGCAAAAGAUGAUAAAGAGGGUAUGAUUUAUCUUUAAAGUAAUAUUAUGAGACUUAUCACAUGAAAUGAUUUAAAGCAAAAAGUACCCCAAAGCAAAUGACAUGAAAUCACAUUAUGUAGUGGGGGAAAUUAACUUAAAGAAAGCAUAUUAGCAAGCAGUAACAAAGUAUAUUAGCAGGCAGUGACAUUUCAGAGCAGUGUGUUAGUACAUGUAGUUAGAAUGUACUGUAUGAAUUACUAAUGUUUAUUUCACACCUUAUAUUAAUCCAGUUUCAAUUUUUUCUUUACAAUUUCCGUACUAGAUAUAUGUGAUGCCAGUAUCGAUCAAAACGUACCAAACAGUUUUUUGUGUGCCCAUUAUGACGGCUGGCUGACAGGAGACGCCAGAGACGGGUAUGCUUUACAAUGGCAUGCUACUUAAAGGCAAUAGAAACACAACCAAACUUCGCCGUGGCCUGGAGCAAUCUGGGAUGUGUGUUCAAUGCUCAAGGAGAAAUCUGGUUGGCCAUUCACCAUUUUGAAAAGGCUGUUGCUUUAGACCCAAAUUUCCUGGAUGCUUACAUCAAUCUAGGAAAUGUUUUGAAAGAAGCAAAGAUAUUUGACCGAGCUGUAGCUGCAUAUCUUCGUGCACUUAACCUGAGUCCCAACCAUGCAGUGGUCCAUGGCAACCUGGCUUGUGUUUACUAUGAACAGGGAUUAAUUGAUCUGGCAAUUGACACCUACAAGAGAGCAAUAAAGCUACAACCAAACUUCCCUGAUGCUUAUUGUAACCUUGCAAAUGCUUUGAAGGAGAAAGGAAAGGUGGCAGAGGCAGAGGAAUGUUAUAACACUGCCCUCAAAUUGAGUCCUACACACGCAGAUUCCCUAAAUAACUUAGCCAACAUCAAACGGGAGCAGGGAAAUACAGAAGAGGCUGCUAGAUUAUACUUAAAAGCCUUAGAGGUAUAUCCUGAGUUUGCUGUGGCACAUUCUAACCUGGCCAGUGUGUUACAACAACAGGGUAAACUCCAUGAAGCCCUUAUGCAUUAUAAGGAGGCCAUCAGAAUCUCACCGACAUUUGCCGAUGCAUACUCCAACAUGGGUAACACUCUUAAAGAGAUGCAGGAUAUCCAGGGGGCGCUGCAGUGUUACACACGUGCAAUACAGAUCAACCCCGCAUUUGCAGAUGCUCACAGUAAUCUUGCAUCUAUACACAAGGAUUCAGGCAACAUACCUGAGGCGAUAUCCUCCUACAGAACAGCUCUGAAGCUUAAACCAGACUUUCCUGAUGCCUACUGUAACCUUGCCCAUUGUCUACAGAUUGUUUGUGACUGGACGGACUAUGGUGUGAGAAUGAAGAGAUUGGUAAGGAUUGUCCAAGACCAGCUGGAGAAGAAUCGGCUACCCUCAGUCCAUCCUCACCACAGUAUGCUGUACCCACUCACACACCAGAUGAGGAAAAACAUUGCUGUGCGGCAUGCUAAUCUCUGUCUAGAAAAGAUAAAUGUGUUGCACAAACCGGCAUACGACCAUGUGCAAGACAUGAGAGCCAGCGGUGGACGACUAAGGGUCGGCUACGUCAGCUCCGAUUUUGGUAACCACCCAACAUCUCACCUGAUGCAGAGUAUUCCAGGCUUUCACGACCGUAAAAAUGUAGAGAUAUUCUGCUAUUCUUUGAGCCCGGACGAUGGUACAUCAUUCAGAGCAAAAAUUUCCAGAGAAGCCGAACACUUCAUAGACUUGUCUCAGAUACCAUGUAAUGGUAAAGCUGCCGACAGAAUCCACGCUGAUGGUAUACAUAUCCUCGUCAAUAUGAACGGUUACACCAAGGGAGCAAGGAAUGAAUUGUUUGCCCUGAGACCGGCCCCCAUACAGGUGAUGUGGCUGGGCUACCCGGGAACCAGUGGGGCAUCCUUCAUGGACUAUAUUCUGACUGAUCAAGUCACAUCUCCACUCAAGCUUGCUGACCAGUACUCUGAGAAACUUGCUUACAUGGCUGAAACAUUCUUUGUGGGUGAUCACAAGCAAAUGUUUCCCCAUCUGACGGACAAAGUGUUGGAGGAGUUAAACGGUGAAGCGUCGGACAAUAACAUCAUCUACAACGGUGUUGAUUUGGAGCCACUGAUGAAGACUGGUGAUGUGAACUACACAACAAGAUUCUGUGAGAAAGGCUACACAACAGAUGAGGCUGAUGGGUCACGUGGGGUCAUCACUUUCAAGAGUAUGAAUCUUCAGGUGGGGCCAAUCCUUGAUGCUAUGAUACAGAACAGCAUGCCUUACUCCUAUAUCAACAAUGUUGGCAUCCAGAACGGAGUUACUACAUCCCAGACAAACAACAAGUCUGCGACAGGAGAGGAAGUGCCUACAAACAUUGUUAUCACUGCACGCAGUCAGUAUGGUCUACCGAAUGAUGCCGUGGUGUACUGUAACUUCAACCAGCUGUACAAGAUCGACCCCGCCACUCUGGACAUGUGGGUGGAGAUCCUCAAACGUGUGCCCAACAGUGUCCUCUGGCUGCUCCGCUUCCCUGCUGUAGGUGAGCCUAACGUCAUACAGGCAGCCAUCAAUGCAGGACUUGGCCUCAACCGCAUCAUCUUCUCACCUGUAGCUCCAAAGGAGGAACAUGUACGUCGUGGCCAGCUCGCUGAUGUUUGCCUGGAUACUCCUUUGUGUAAUGGACACACAACUGGCAUGGAUGUUCUUUGGGCAGGAACCCCAAUGGUUACACUUUUAGGAGAAACACUCGCUUCAAGGGUAGCAUCCUCCCAACUGUACACACUGGGCUGUCCUGAACUUGUUGCAGAGACGCGGGAAAAUUAUAUCAACAUAGCAGCUAGACUUGGCUCUGACAAGGAACAUCUGAAAGGCAUGAGGGCCAAGGUGUGGAAGGCCAGACUAUCAAGUCCUUUAUUUAACUGUCAACACUACGCUAACGACAUGGAGGGUCUUUACCGCCAGAUGUGGCAGAGAUACGAGGAUGGGCUGGAGCCUGACCACUUGUCACUCCAAUGAAGUCUGUGUGUGAAAAGUGACUGUUAUAUUUGGAGGAAUGCAUGUUCAGCAACCAAGUCUCUUACAUACGUUGUGUAGGACACAAUUUCUAGUUAAUAGAACAAGUGUCUCGGAACAAUGAACAGUGUAAAUGGCUAAAUGUGCUCCAGAAUUUCCUUUUGAAUGGAAUUAAUCUGAUAAGAAGUAUGACAGUAACAGAAUCAUGCUUGAUAUCUAUUUAUUAUAUGCAUGUAGUGCUGUUUUUUCAUUUUAUGGGUGAAUCAUUGUACAUUAUGUUUUAGGAAUGUGUAGUUAUAGCCAUCAUCUUAAUCCUUCCAUUUCUUAUACGAUUAUAAAUGUCAAUAUGAUUGUCAAGUGUGAGGCAGAGAAGCAUGUUGUGUGAGGAUGUUUGUUAAGCAUGUGAUACAGAACAAAUUUUGUUUUAUUUUUUACUUGCUAUUUUCCUUUUAUUUAAUCCCAGGUAACAUGUAAAAAUAUUUAUAUCUGGUUUGCUGUACAUAUGUAUAUAGCUAUGGAGACCUACAUGUGUAUAGUGUGUAGUUGUAACUGUGUCAAGACACUGUGUGAUAUUAGUGUUUAUCUCAACCACAUGGCAAAUGAAAAUUAAACAGGGUUCUUAAGUAA